AGAGCAAAGGACGAGCCUAAAAGCCCAUCAACGCGUGACGUUGAGAAUAAUCACGCAAUUUUGAUAGCAAUACCUCAUCAGAUUCAGAAGAAGUUUCAACAAAAAUGGUCGCGUCCUCUGAGCCGGCCGCUAAGUUGCUGCGUGCAGUUCGUUCCGGUGCUGCUGAUGUGGUCGAGCAAAUUCCUGUAGAGGACGUCACUGCUGCAGAUUUACGCGCUCACUUUCCGUUAUGGACAGCAGUACUGAACGAGGACCUGGCUGUAGCAACACUGCUCGUCCGAAAAUUCAGGUGCGACGUAAACCAGCGGGACCACGAAGAAGUAUUUCUUGAUGUUGUAGGUGAUGGAGGUUAGUUUAAGUUUGCUAGCUUCAACUAGUACUGAUGCAAUCGAUCUUGUUGUGUAAGUUGUACCUAGAAUUACAGUUUGUUUUAACCCCAAGCAACUGUUGUGUUUGUGUAAGUAUCUAGAAUGAGAGUUUAUUUUCACCCCAAGAACGACAACCCAUUAUCCCCAACACAGCGAGGUGGUUCCGGCAGCAGCGGUUGCUUCCUCGGAUGAGGAGAGUCGGGCCUUCAGCUCUGACGACAACUACUCCUCCUCACGCCGUAGCAGGGAGUCUCAAGUUGACGACACUGGCGGCCGCACGGUCCUCCACUUAACAUGCGAUCUUGGCAAUCUCGGUAUAUGCGCCAUGCUACUAGAAAGAGGUGCACGCGCAGGUGUCCAAGACGUGUUUUUAUGAUGAUGUGUGGAAGUCACAGAAGUACCAGACUCCGUACAAAAUUUUCUACUCCUUUAUUUUAAUGCUGAGAGCCGAAAGCCUCUUAACCUCCUCAACAAGUUCGUUAAAUCAAUGCCUUACACUCUUUGGCUUUAAAGUUAUUUUAAUGCUGAUCCACUACCACCUACGUGUAAGUACGUUUCUUUUAGCACGACAUUGACUUCUGAUACAGCAGUUUCUUCUAACUCAAGGGCUUACACCCCUUCACUACGCCGCGAGGGCUGGAGCAGUUGAGUGCUUGCGCGCACUAUUGGAUCAUCGAAGGACGACACUGGCGCUGAUCAAUCAGCUGAGCGGGCCUCAGGUACUAUUUAGGUGAACGUCCGUCCUCUCCACCAUCUUUCUUCAUACUUAGUGAAGAAACGUCACCCUAUUUACAAACAAGACUGAUUGAAGAAAUAUGAUCUGAAGACGAGCCACCUCAAUUAUUAUAAGUAAUUUCAGUCUAUUAACCUCUUUACCACGUCGCGCUUCCGGUUGCGCAGAGUCUAACCUUUGAAUAACCACGUCACACAGACUUCCAGCGUGCGUAGUCGGCUGGUGGUGAGCACUCGAUGGUCUGCUUUGGGGGUGGCGGCUGCCCGAGCCAGCGGCGUGCACCUAGACUGCGCUCGACUGCUCCUCAGUGCACAGGCGGACCCGCAACGAGCUGUAGUAUACGAAAAUCAUGCAGCCGCAGACGCUAGCUCCUCCGGAGGGGACGACCUGAGCACCAAAAAUCGAAGUACGGCUCUUGUGUGUUUGCGUAAAGGUUUCGUGUUGUACACCAGCGACGUGCUGUAACGCUAGCAGUUGUAAAAAUAGAUUCAGCGACGUUGCGAAGCCCCACUAACUUAGUUGCAAUUAUUCAACACUUAGAUAGAAGCGUACAACGCGCACUUCUACUUCCUUGCUCUAAUUCACGCGAAAGCAGAAGUGGUCCUGCGGACUCUGACAAAGGGACCGGGACUGAAGACGAAGGGUCAUCAGGGAUGCCUGCGCCAGCACUUUUGGAUAUGACAAGGGUUAGCAAUCCGAGGGUCUAUGAACUACUCAGAGCUGCGACAGCCACACGAAGAAUUUGA